AAUAAGCCAAGUUAGUGAUGCAUGGGCUCCAUAACAAUAUUGUUUAACAAUUGAUCUGCUUCUAGGUCCCCAAAUGAGAAAAUGAGUGUUUUACAAGUUUUGGCGAUUUAUACGAUCUUCACAAAAACCGCUUUUGAGGCCAGGCCAACCGAUCACGCCGAGUGGACGCCGCCGCACAGAAAGCUCAAUCCUGAAACUAUACAUGCCGGCCGGCCCAAUGCGUAUGGUGACGUCAUCGAAGGGGACAUGUUGAAGCCGCGCGAGGACAGGAGCGCCGAAGGGCGGCUGUGGCCCGCGGAGAACGGGACGGUUACCGUGCCCUUUGUCAUCGGCCCAGCGCUAAAAAACAAGACCGCUGACAUUAGGGGCGCCUUGGAAUUAAUUUCGCAGAAGACUUGCGUUGUGUUUGAGGAGCGCACGACUGAGACAGACUAUCUGGAACUUGUCAUAGGCGAUGGCUGCGCCUCUUCCGUGGGUCACUGUGGCCGCCGGCAGCUGGUAUUUAUCGGCAAAAAAUGCGCGAUGGGCAAUAUUUGUCACGAGUUGCUACACGCGCUGGGAUUUUACCACGAGCACGCUCGCGGUGACCGUGAUGAUUACAUCACUGUGCAAUACCAGAACAUUAAGCCAGGAAAGAAAGAAGAGUUUUUUAAAAAAGACAUCGAUAACCAAGGUUUGCCCUAUGAUCUAAACUCCAUCAUGCAUUAUGGGAGCUAUGCAUUUUCUGCUAAUGGGCAGCCAACAAUUGUCGUCAAGAAAAAGGGAGCGGUCAUUGGACAGAGGAAGGGUCUGAGCGAUCUGGAUGUUCAACGACUUCGAAAGCUCUACGGGUGCGAUAAGCAUUGAGUCACGUCACCCUUUUCAGCAUCCGAGGUGUUCGAGUGGUCCUUAGUGGUCGCUUAGGGAGUUUUGUUGGUGCUGAAAUUUGGCUUGGUCUUGGAAAUUGCAGUGCAUUUCAGCUAGUUCUGAACAGCAUACUGCAUACCUUUGUCAAAAAAAUAUAUACUUGUUAAAAUUAAAUUGCCUUUGUGGGGGGUAAUGGGCAACUUAGUGGCAUGUUCUUGAUUGAUGCUGGAUCUGUUCUGUGCUAAGAGGACAUUUUGAAAUGGGGUUGGUAAAAGCAAGUUACUGGUUCUUCAAACAAGUAUGAAAAUCACUGUAGUCUCCAAGGUUAAAUAGGGAUUGUCUACAACUUGGAUUAUGGCUAAUGCAGUACUACUGCCCAAAAUUUCAGUGCUUGUAAACUCAGGAUUAUUUUCCAGCUGAAGUGCUUCUAGCAUGUGUUUAUGAUGGUGGAGGUCACCUUGAAACUGUUCCGUUUCUGGCUGACCAACAAACUAUAUAGGGAGAGACGUAAGGUAUUAAGCGACUCCAGCCCCGAAUUAACUUCUAGUAACCCUGUUGUCCUGUUGCAAAACUUUUUUGAAACUUAUAACAUGCAGCAAAUUCAUUAAAGGCUUCUAAGAAAA